AUGCCGAUCCCCGUAAUUACAAAGAGUAGAGGUUUCCAUUUUAUCAGAUACCCUCUUCAACAAGUUCUAGCUGUUCUUUUUGCAAUAUUUAUUGGAUGGGGUAUAUGUGGAAUACUGACACAUGCAGGCGCUCUGACAACUGAUACUCGGUCAAAAGAGUACAAAACUCGAACCGAUGCCGGAGCCGACACGAUAGAAAGAACACCAUGGUUUAUUAUACCUUAUCCGGGACAGUUUGGAACCAUUGGAUUCAAUUCCGGUGUUUUUAUAGCCUUUGUGGUAGCUACAUUAUUAUCGGUUGUUGAAUCUAUUGCGGAUUACUACGCAUGUGCAAGAUUAUGCCACGUUCCUCCACCUCCACUGCCUGCUAUGAAUAGAGGUAUCAUGGUAGAAGGAUUCAUGUCGAUGAUUGCAGGAUUCUUUGGAGCAGGACACGCAACAACUACCUACAGCAAUAAUAUUGGAUUAAUUGGAAUAACCAAGGUCGCAAGUAGACGUGUUACUCAGGUUCUAGCUAUACAGUUAAUUGUAUGUGCUAUAAUUGGGAAAUUUGGAGCUAUAUUUGUUACCAUACCAUAUCCUGUGCUAGGUGGAUCAGCAAUUUUAAGUUUUGGCUUAUUUCUAGGAAUAGUUAUGUCCUAUAUGCAGUACACAGAUAUGAAUUCUCCAAGAAAUCUAGCUGUAGUUGGCGUGUCUAUCUUAGUAGGAAUAAUGGUGCCUAAUUGGGUUAAAGUCAAUUUUGCAGUUAUAAAAACAGGAAGUGACGGGUUUGACGAGUUUUUGAUCAUGCUACUAACCAAUCCUUCAUUCACUGGUGGAUUCAUAGGUUUUGUUUUAGAUAACACUGUUAAAGGCACUAUGAAAGAACGAGGAAUAGCAGCCUGGGCUUUAGAUGAAAGCAAGUCACCGGAUUCAGAGUCGCAUUAUGAAGAAGGCAUAGAAAUUUAUGAGAUAUCCUUUUUAACUAAACACUUGAAUAAAAUACCAUGGAUGAAAUAUUUACCUGUAUUUCCUACAUUUACUUCUCACAGUUGUAGAAAUAAAUCAAAUAAAGACAAUAAAGAUCUAAAAAAUUAUAACAAUACAAACUUGUAAAACAUUAUUAUAA